AUGUCUGACACAUCUAGACUCUGCACCGUCGAACUUCUCCAGUCUUGGCGAGGCGGGGAAGGGCCCCAACAACAUUGUCCCCUUCGCUGGGCUAUCUACGUCGAAACUAGUCCUGGUAUAGGGAACAUCUACCAGAUCAUCGGGAACUCCGAUAACUAUGCUAUCGAUGUCGGACGCAACCAGCCUCUCGAAAGGACUUUCGCCUUGGAGGAGCUCGGCGAGAUGGAGGGAAUCUUCGAAACAGUUGAGAUCGUGCGCAAUGUUCCCAGUUGGAACAACAAUGAUUGGAUUAUAUCCGCCCUGGGCUCUCUCUCGCAGUCGAAGCUGUCAGGCAUCAUGCCGAAAGCUAGAUUGGCCAGGAAUCGAACAUGUGAUGGAAUUUGGCUUUGGCACGCACAGCGAAGGUUGUUGAAAGAACUCGUCGAUAAUGCUGCGAGGAAAGCUAAUGGCAAUAUCCUGCAAACGUUUCAGCAGACUAUGCUCGGAACACCGUCGACAUUGAUAUCUUCCCCAGGCAAGCUCCGUACAUCCCCGGGCCUGCAAGCACGCAAGCGCGAUGAAGAAAGUUAUCGAGCACAUGAACGCAUGCGUGGUGGAAUAGUAGCUCGCUACUGUGAUAUGAAAGAAUUCUAG